AUGUUCAUAAUCACCCAUGCCAUCCUUUUGUUUUCCCUCAUUUCGACGAAAGGCUCUACGUGGAUAGACACGGCAGAGGGUGAUAUCAUUGAAGAAGACUUCAAUGGAAGUUACAUCGAAAAGGAAGUCGGCCAAAAUGUGACUCUUCUAUGUCACGGAAACGCGUCUCUGCUUUGGGACUUCGAUCGUGAUAAAAACCAACUUCAACGACGAAUCAAAGUGAAAGACAGCGUGACGACCUCGUCGUUGUUCAUUCGAGAUCUAAAUGUGGUUGACACGGGAAAGUAUUCGUGCCAAGAGAGUAACAUGUCAAUGACGAGAUCGCACAUUCACAUGUUCGUGCGAGGAAAAAGUGCUUUUGUGGAACGUCCCAACACCGAUCCAAUUAAACUACUCAAAAAUAAUUUGAGGAUUCCAUGUCGAGCGUCUAGAUGGAUCAAAGGAGAGGAAAUGAGGCUCUACGUGAACGAGUUGAUUGUCGAGAAUAUUCAGAAAUAUUAUGAUCCAAGG